CAUAUUUUUGUAACGGACUAACCCAGACUUGACUGGCGGCACUUACGGACUGUCUUUUAUUACAUUUUGACGUUUUGUAUCAAUCGCGAUUACAAGUGUAGCAAGUUUUGUUUGCAAGAAUUAAUGUAGACUAUAAUGUAACGGUUUAUUUCGACUGUUGCUGUUUGCUGGCCGUGUACUCUAAAGUUUUGAAUGUCCUUGAAUGAAAACGAUCCACUGUGAAUCGUUACAAGUUAGCCAGUGUAAUGUCAGAGACAAGUAUAUUUGAAUCGUCUACGACACAAAAUAAAGUGAGCGACAGUGGUAUAAAGAAGCGCAUAGGACUGAUUGCCACCGGGCUUGUAGGGGGUUCUUUGGUCGCCCUUUAUGCAGUUGCGGGGCCGUUUGUUGCACCAGCUCUGAGGAAGGUGUGCCUACCGUUUGUCCCUGCAACCUCGGCGCAGGUGGAGAAUGUUCUGAGGGUCCUGCAGUCGAGAUCAGGUUCCCUGGUUGACAUUGGCAGUGGUGAUGGAAGAAUAGUCAUAGCAGCUGCCAAGACUGGAUUCAGAGCUGCAGGGUUUGAGCUGAACCCAUGGCUGGUGUGGUACUCUCGCUACAGCGCCUGGAGAGAAGGAGUCCAUCGCUCCACUUCCUUUCACAUAUCUGACUUAUGGAAGGUGAGUUUUGCUCAAUACUCCAACGUGGUCAUAUUUGGAGUCCCUCAAAUGAUGGACCAACUGGAGGACAAGCUGGAGAGAGAGUUGCAGAGCUCAGCCAAGGUGGUUGCCUGUCGAUUUCCCUUUCCCACGUGGGUGCCUGAUGCUACAGCUGGGGAGGGCAUAGACACUGUGUGGGUGUAUAAGGCUGAAACCUUUAAAUCACGAUGUGGAACAGGAACUCAACAGACUGUAACUCCACCAUCAUUUAAACAGUCCCACGACACAGACAGUAAUGCUGUUUCAUGAUCAAUUCUACAGAUUGUUUGCCAAGAAUGUAUUCAAAACCAUCUGUACCUAAGAAAAUAAUAGUAAAUAUAUAGGUCUACAAAAUGUUUUCUACAUUUGGACAUUACAUGUAUCAAAAAUGUAGAAUUAAAUGAAAACUUCCAUGCAACUUUAUCACAUUACUUUUGGUUAAUUCGAUUGAAAUAUUAUCUGCAAUUUCGCUGUAAGCAUUUAACAAU